GCAAUUACCGAGUAAAACGAUGAAACUUUCACUACUGACUUUAUUGGGUGCCACUCUCUUGGCAACAAGCACUGAAGCGCUCUAUGAUAGGAAUGGCCCAGUUGUACAACUUACUGCAAAGAACUUCAACGAGGAAGUGAUGAACAACGGGCACUUAGUGGCAGUUGAAUUCUAUGCUCCAUGGUGUGGACAUUGUCAAAGAUUAGCUCCCGCCUGGAAGAAGGCAGCUGCCAACCUUGGUGGCCUAGUCAAGGUGGCUGCCAUUGAUUGCGACGAAGAUCAAAACAAGCCAAUUUGCUCGCAAUAUGGCAUCCAAGGAUUCCCUACCAUCAAGACAUUUUCCCCUCGUGCCGACAAGAGCAAGAAGGGCAACAAAAGUGUCGGUGACUAUCAAGGUCCUCGUGAAGCAAAGCCCAUUGUUGACUAUUUACUCUCAGUGCAACCGUCUAAUGUGCGAUUCGUCAAAGGCGACGCCGCUGAUGUGAAAUCAAAGAAGUCCAUUGCGCUAGACGAUUUCUUGGAUAUUGAUAACUCAACAUUGCCAAAAGCCCUUCUAUUUACCGAUAAGGCUACCACCACCCCACUUUACAAGGCGCUCUCUGUCGACUUCCAAGAUCGCAUGCUUUUUGGUGAGGUGAAAAGCUCAGUCAAGAGAGCUGUUAAUGAGUUUGGAGUCAAUGGAUUCCCUACACUAAUUGUUCUAACUCCGGAAUCUGGUGCAAUCACCUAUGGUGGUAAACUCAAACACGACGCUCUUUACAAAUUCUUGGAGGAGCAUGCAAUUCCAGCACCCAGCAAAAAGAAGGGCGGUAACAGCCAAAAAAGCAAAACCAACGCUGAGGAACCUAUCAAGGAAGCCGCAGAGGAGCCAUUUGACCCCGCCGUUCCUAGACUGACUACCCAAAAAGACCUUUCUGAACACUGUCUGGAUAAGAGCGGAAUUUGUGUCAUUGGCAUUUUACCCACGGUUUUCAAGGAGGACGAGCGAUCUGCAUCAGAGCAGGCCGAUGCUAUCAAAGUGAUGGAAGGGAUCAAGAAAGCUGAACAUGACAAGAAUGGCAGACUCUCACCUUUUCUUUUCCAAUGGGUUGAAUCUGAACUUGGACAGGAUAUAGUCAGCAAAUUCGACAUGAGCCAAGACUAUCCUACGCUAGUCGCAGUGAAGCCGAACAAAAACUUGUACAGACCCUAUGUUGGCGCUUGGAGUGACGUUAGCAUAAGGGCCUGGUUAGAUAUGAUUUCUAAUGGCAGACUUCCAGUUUGGGACUACAAAGGAGAUCCUCAGAUUAAGGCUGCUAGUCAGCCAGCAAGAGAUGAAUUGUAAAAAAAAAAAAAACUAUUAUUAUUUUCUGGGACAGAUUAAGACCUUCUUGACCGAUGCUUACGAAUGUACAUCUCUGAAUAAAUGCUGUUUGAUUUGAUAUCCUCCAUCUUGAACACAGC